AUGGACGGCCGAUCUCACCCCCUCAGAAACGGCCCCUCCCAAGCGGCAACCGUCCUGUCCUCUACAACCACCACCACCACCACCACCGCGAUGGCCCCAUCCCACCCGUUGAACCUGGCCUCCAGCCAUCCCGCGAACCCCUUCCUCUCCGGCACCAGCAUACACCAUCCUCCCACCGCGCCCUCCCAGAUCCAGAUCCAGACGCAGCCACACGAGGAGCACGACCUCCGACGGGGCUCCCUCGCCAACCCAUCCUCCCAGAACCCCAGCGCCAGCACCGGCCGGCCCGAAGACUCGCAGAAUACAGACCAGCCGCCGCCAUUUGAGACCUACCCGCAUGCGAUCGCCGGCGGCGGCGGACCGACAGCCACGGCGCCGUUCCUGCGGGACUUUAGUCUCGUGGCGGAGGCGGCCAAACGGGCGCAGAUGUCGAUCGUGAUGCGGGAUCUGGAGAGCGUGACUCUAUAG